AAACGCUUCCACAAAAGGCCAAAUCUCAUCUUAAAAUAUUUAUAUUUACCUUUUAGCUUUUAUUGAAAUUUAAACUCUUGGGAUUAAAAUGGCUGAAAAACUACAAUGGCGAGAGGAGGUGGAUGAGAAGAUGCGUAGUUUGAUGGAAUGUUUUCAAAAACGCGAAGCAGAGUUGAGUAGAUUAGCUGAGCAACUGGCAAAACAACGAAGUGAAUUAGACAAGGAGACAGAGAAAAGAAAGCAAGAUACGGAACAAGACAUAAUACAGCAGUACAUGAAGCUAGAAGAAGAGAAGAAUCGUUUUAAGAUGGAAGUCAAACGUAUGACAAACGUCUAUGAGUUUCAGACGUCUCGUAUCCAACUCGAUGUUGGCGGCCAUAAGUUUACUACGUCGUUACAGACUUUGAAAAAGGAUCCAAAUUCCAUGCUAGCUGCUAUGUUUUCUGGAAGGCACUCCUUAGUAACUGAGAAUGAUGGAAGUUACUUUUUAGAUAGGGAUGGCACUCAUUUUCGAUACAUAUUGAACUAUUUACGCGACGAUUUUCAAUCGGACACUUUCCCUACUGACGAGGUCACCUUGAAAGAAAUUCAGAACGAAGCGAGGUAUUAUCAAUUGCUUGACCUUGUGGAUGCCAUUGAUGAACUCUUAUACCCUCCUCCUCCGGCUCCUGAUUACACACAGCAAGAAAUCGAUGAUAUGUUAGCUACAGUGUCCCAGCAAUCCAAGAACAACGAGGAUGGUAGAAGUAACGCAAGAAAUGCUUCAUCUUCUAUCAGUCCUGGUAGACAUGUAGACUUUAUAUUCCAUAGCAUGACAAAAARUAAUAUCGACUUUAGUGGGAAAAAUUUGUCUGGUCUUACGUUUGCUCAUACAACAUUUGCACAUAACGUGACCUUUGCUGAUGCUUUGUUGAUCAACACCUGUUUCUAUGGCUGCGAAUUUGCGAGUCACAUAGUCGUAGAUUUCUCAGGGGCUGAUGUCUCUGGUGCAGAUUUCAGGCAGUGCCGAUGUAUCAAAGGGGGACUUAAUGCAUUUGGGGGUCAAUCUUCUGCAAGUGCCCAAGGGGGUGGGGGUGGGUUUAUUUUUGGUACCAGCUGUUCCAGCUUUGCUCAUUUGAUUAAGACAAGCCAUGUUAAAUUUACCAAUGCCAAGCACAUAGGGACAAAAUUUGACCCAACUAUCCUUGAUAUCAUUAAAUUUUAAAUCUAUUAUACUAAAAUGUGCAUACUUUAUACCAAUCAUAUUGGUGUGUAACCAGGUGACAAUAUUGUCAGGACUAUGUACAAAUAAUCAUUAUGAUUAUUAACAAAAUGAAUUUAAAAGAUUGUAAAGUAUAAAUGCUGAAUAGAAAAAAUAUCUUAUGUAAUUGAAAACAUUUUAGUAUAUUAUCACUAACAAUAUCCAGUAAAAAAACAUUCUUUUUAAAUGGAAAGGUGUUGAAACAACACCUCUUUUUAUGGUAUGCUGUGCAGACAGGGUAUAAAUGUUUUAUCAUAUUUAGAAGUUUCCUGAAUAGGAAAUGCUGCAUAACUUCCCUUAUCUAUGCAUCAAGAACAGGCUAGUCAAAAAUGAUGGUGACAAAUUAGCAUUGCUGGUUUUCAAUCAUUCCCAAGAAAAUGAAAUAACAAAAGAUACGGUGGCCAUAUUGGAUAAUAUAACAAAAGAGAGUAAGCUAAUGAUGAAUCUUUUGUUACUUUAUCCAACAUUGUGGCUGUGAAAACCAUCAAUACUGUCAGAGACAGCCAAGUCAUUAGUCUUGACUACAAACUGACAUAUAUCUAUGCAUAGUGAAAAAACUGUUAUUACCAAAGAUUAUUAUAACUUGACAACGUUCUAAUUUCACUGGUAUUGAUAGGAGAUGAAAUCAUGCAGCAUGUUACAACCAAAAUAACAUAGUUGACAAUCAUGCAUUAAAAUGAUUGUAAAAAAACUUA